AUGAGGGCCUGCCUCUUGGCCCGCCUCAGCCAAUGGCGUUGCAGGUUCGAGGGGCUCUGCCUCCUCUCCCUCCUGGUGAGCGAGAGCCCCACGGAGCCCUUUACCCAGCACUGCCUGGGCUGGCUGCGGGCCCUGCAGCACCUCCUGCAGUCUCAGGACCCGCCCCCCACCAUGGCGCUGGGGGUCCUGGUGCUCCAGGACCUGCUCCGCUUCUCCUCCCAACUGCCCGAGCUGGCGCGGGACAUCGGCACCGACCACAUCCCGGGGCUGCUGACCUCCCUGCUGGCCCUGCGCCCCGAGUGCGAGGUCUCCACGCUAGAGGGCAUCAAGGCCUGCAUGAGCUUCUACCCCCGCGCCUGCGGCUCCAUGCGGGGCAAACUGGCCGCCUACUUCCUAGCCCGCAUCGACUCCGACUCCCCCCAAGUGCAGCAGCUGGCAUGUGAAUGUUACGCGCUGGUGCCGGCGCUGGGCCGCGGCUUCGCGCAGGGGCUGCGGCACACGGAGGGCUGGCACCAGGAGCUGCAGGGGCUCCUGGCCACGCUGCAUGCGCUGCUCGGGGAGCUCUUCGAGGGCUGCGAGAGCGAGCCGCUGCCCUAUGAGGGGCCGGGGGUGGAGCUUCUGCUCCCGCCCCCCCCCGACGGGGACCCCGGCAUCAGCCUCACCCUGCACAAGCGCUGCUCCGGGCUGGCGCGGGUCCUGCAGCUGCUGCUCAGCAAGGAGUUCGUUGCCCCGGUGACGGUGCCGGUUCAGGACAUCCUGGACCUCGUGUGCCGGGCCCUGAACAUCACCCCCAAAACCAUCAGUGCUGCUGGGGAUGGAGCCUUAAGGAUGCUGCUGCUGCCCGCGGUGCACUUGGAUGCACUGGAUGUGCUGGAGGCACUCGUGCUGGCAUGUGGUGCGCGCCUGGUGCGCUGGGGCAGCGUCUUGGCCCGCCUCUUCCCUCAGGUGCUGAGCGCGUGAGCGGGGCCCGAGAGGCGCUGCCGGGCCAGGAGAAACCAUUCGGAGAGGUACGCGCCCGCCUGUACCGGGUGCUGGAGCUGUGGGUGCAGGUGGCCGGGGCCUCCUCCGGGCUCCUGCAGCACCCGGGGGCGCCGACGGAGGCGCUGCUGAGCCACCUGAUGGGAGACAUCGCCCCCCCCUGCGACAGCCUGCGGGUGAGACCCCAAAAACACCACA